AUGGCUUCCCCAACUAGUUUGGAAACUGCUGUUAUACAGCUAAAGCAUCCAGAUGGCACAGAAAAUUCAAUGCUCCUAGCUCAUGCUAUUCCGGAAGAACGGCGCAAUUUCAAUCGGCUAGUCAUUGACUGUAGCUACAAGCGGUUUCGAGAACAACUCUCCAAACGAUGCAACGUAUCCCCAGAAAUGUCUCUCGUAGUUACAGCUACGGGCGCCGAACUCAAUGAUGAAGAUGCCUUUCAUAUGUAUCUGAAUGAGGUGGUAAUAAGUCUACCUCAAGUAGCUGGGCAUAAAGGCCCCCUUUGUUUAUACCUAGAUGUCACGCGCAAGAGAAGACACUCAUCGGAUCCACCUGAUUCGCCUUCGCAAGGUACAGAAGGCAGUGUCUCUAAAAAGAAACGAGUCAAUACGCCUCUACCGUCUAAAAGCCCCGUAGAAGAAGAGGAAAUCGAAAGCGGGGAAGACGAAAGCGAAUAUGAAGACGGAGGCGAGCCCACUGAGGACCUCCGACCCCUACCAUACUUUGAAGAGGAUGAUAUUAUGACUGACGAUGGUAGGCAGACAGACGAUGGCGACAGAGAGUCAGAUGAUGAUGACUUUGUCCAGCAAGCCCGUCAAAAUAUUGACGAUGACGUUUGGAAAAGGGUUUGUACCUUCUUCCAAUGUCACUCCAAAGUUUCAUCUCUCCAACUUCCUGGUCUUCGGCUCCCUUUGCAGCCUUACCAACUACACGGAGUUUGGUUCGCUCUUUCAAGGUGCCUCGAUAACAUUUUCUCCGCUAUUAUAGCGGAUGACGUGGGCCUCGGGAAGACAGCAAUGGCGCUGGCCGUCAUGCUGCUGCACCACCAGAUCCAAAUGGCCUGGGCUGAGGUUGAGGCCGAUCGUGAUUCCCAUUUACCGCAGGGAGCACAGGCAGCCGAUAGCGUCUGCCCUGGGCAAAAAUCAUUCCGAUUUGGUUUCCAGUGCCCCUGUGUGGAGAGGAGCGACACGUUUCGCAUUUCACAACGGUUGGCGGCUCUCCCUAUUAUCGUCGUAGCCCCUCCAAAUCUUCUUAAUCAAUGGGUGCGCGAGGUAGGAAAAUGGAUGGAUUUCAGUACUCAGACCCGUCCCAUUAAUAAUAUGGAGUUUAAAAUUUUACACUCCCAAGUAUCUGCUGGAUUAGGGGGGUACACGAACGUAUCUGCUUUUACUUCGGACAUGUACGACUUGAUCAAACCCACACAACUCCUAUGUACCGAAAAUUGUCGGACCGAGGGAGGAUGGGGCCCUCCUGUAGGGACGCCAAGCGAGGAUUUAUUGUCAAAAUAUGUUACGCUUAUCGCUCCUAAAGGCUUUCAACCCCUUUACAAAGGGUACGCUGCCUAUGACACUAAUUUAGUAGCCAGCAUAGUUUUCAUGGACGAGGUCCAUUCAUACAAAGGAUCGAAAGAAAACCCUCAUGGGGCUUUCAAAGCUCUCAGAUCGAUGGCUAAGGAUUCGCUAUGUCCUACGCUCGCGGUAGGUCUAUCCGCCUCUAUGUUGGGGAGCGGACCAAAGAACUGGCGACCGUUUGCCAGCCACCUGUUGCAAGUUGCCGAUUCCCGAGGGUUGAAGCCAAACGUACCACAUCUUAGCAGUGUAAAGGAUGUAGAUUCUUGGAUCAGAGAUUACGACUACAUCAUCAAGAACAGUAAUUCGAGCAAAGCUAGAUCCAGGGAGUACGCGAUCGAAAGGUUAGACGCAUUACGACCGAUUUUGGAAGCGUUCAUACCCCGCGUGGUGCUCUGUCGCCUGAGAGGAGACAAAUUUCGCGGUAAAUCCAUCUCCGACAGCGGUCGCACGCCCGUAACGAAGGUUUACCUCGAUACACUGGAGUCAAGCAAUGCUCACAAGGGGCUGCGCGAGUUAAGUACAAGAAUUCGAACGUGGAUAGACGAGAUAUACGACCUAGAAAUGGAGAAUUGGGAGAAGACUAAUAAGCUGGGUAACGCGCCCGAUAGAGACGAAACUCAACGCAAUUUAUUAAAUAAAGCCUUCCCUCAGGGGGAUCGGUCUACAGAAGAAUACAAUAUCAUGAAAUGGUCGUCGACCUUUCCUUACAUUUCGGUCCUGUAUCUUACAGGUAAUAUCUCACAAUCAGAUUGCACUGCUAAAGAGUGCCUUCAUGUUUCUCGACAAAUAACUUCAUACCUCCACGGACAACGACGCAAUCAAUUGUCCGACGCCCAGGUUAGCGAGCGAAUUCUACAAGAGUUGCAACAAUCUCCCUUUUGGCGGUAUAGACGCUUGUUAAAGGAUUAUUCCCCCAAGUUCCAAAGGAUCACGAACUAUGUACGGCAACUUCUUGCUGUGCGGGAACAUGGCGCGUACUCGGCUGAGAUCGCGCACGACUUUAAAGCAUUGGGCCAAGGACCACCAGACGACAGCGGCGUCCGACAUAUGCUACUAUUUAGCGAGUACCCUAUCUCAAGUUUCCUAACAUUCAUGCUCUUAUUCGACGAAUUUGGUAUGGAUGGGAUCGAAUGGCUAUACAUGCAUGGCGGUACCAAUAUGAACCAUAAGACAAUCAUGAUACGGGAUAUUCAAGAAAACGUCGAAAAGGGUGGCAAGAUGAAGAUUUUGACCACUACUUGCGGCUUAAUGGGGACGGGCCUUGAAAUGCAGCGAGCUAACUAUGCUGUCCUCACCGAAGCACCAAGUAAACCAGAGUAUCGACAACAAGUGAUAGGGCGGGUUGACCGGCAGGGACAGACACAAGAGCUCAAUUUGAUUCAACUCUUAGACAAGAGGAACCUGGCGGAAAUGGCUGCCUACAAACGAGGCUUGGAUCAAGCAGAACUCGCCAAGGAAGGAUUCAUUACCAACGAUAUAAAUUUCGACGAUUUUAUCGGCAAUGGCGAAACUACAAUCGAUGAAGAGGAGGUAGAACGCCUUCAACAGUAA